UGCUGUCGUAGUCACAGCUGAUCCAAUAUCCACUAGCUCGUCAUAUCUCCGUCCCAGCUUCCGUUUAAAUAGAAGCUCCAUUAGUCACCAAUCACAAAUCACACCAUCUCCGAUACUUGAAUCCGCAUUCUAGACCAAGACACUUAUGGCUUUCAUUCAUCUCCUCUGCCUAAUUGUCUCGUUCUCCAGUGUCAAGUUCUCUCUUGCCAGUGGCCGGUCAUCUCUGACUCAAUCGGAGAGCAGUGACUUGCAAACCUACAUUGUCCAUGUCACUCCCCCUGACGGCCACGGCCUUUUGGAGUUGGAAGAUCUCGAGACCUGGUACCACUCAUUUUUGCCCACAAACUCUACCACCCCAGAGAACCAGCUGCGCAUACUUUACUCUUACCGGAAUGUUGCGACUGGUUUCGCAGCAAGGCUGACUCCUGAUGAAGUCACCGCAAUGCAAGAUAAGCCCGGAUUUGUAGCAGCUCACCCGGAGCAAAUAUAUAGCCUCCAAACGACGCACAGUCCCCAGUUCUUGGGCUUACCCCUACGUCAGGGAGCUUUCAAUGGCUCCACCAUGGGAGAGGGAAUUAUCAUUGGCGUGAUGGAUUCAGGAGUAACGCCUGACCACCCUUCAUUCAGCGGAGCCGGAAUGCCACCUCCACCAGCCAAAUGGAAGGGGAGGUGCGAUUUCAAGCCUUCCCAAUGUAAUUACAAAUUGAUUGGCGCCAGGACCUUCAACAGUUCAGCUAAGAAAAAUGUGACCACGCCGCCGACGGAUGAUUUUGGUCAUGGUACUCACACUGCCAGCACCGUGGCUGGUGCUCCUGUGCCGAAUGCCAAUUUGCUUGGGAUGGCUGAAGGCACGGCAAUUGGCAUGGCUCCACGAGCUCACUUGGCAAUCUACCGAGUGUGUUCUGCAUUACAUUGUUUUGAGAGUGAUUUCCUUGCUGGAUUUGAUGCUGCCCUUGCGGACGGUGUCGACAUGCUCUCACUCUCGCUCGGCGGUCCCUCCCUUCCAUUCUAUAUGGACAGCUUGGCUAUAGCCACUUUUGCAGCCAUUCAAAGAGGGAUCUUUGUCAGCUGCUCCGCUGGGAACUCCGGUCCUCACUCGGGCACGGUAUCAAACGUGGCUCCGUGGAUGCUCACUGUUGGGGCAAGCAGCACUGAUAGGAACUUUGCAUCCAACGUAAAACUCGGGAAUGGAGUGGAAUAUGAAGGUGAGGCACUAUCUCAAUUCUCCUUCCCUUCAACUUUAUUGCCACUGGUGUAUCCUGGAAUUGACGGUACGGAAGGAUCAAAAUACUGCUUAAAGGGGGCACUGAUAAGCAGCGAAAUUAAAGGGAAGGUUGUCGCAUGUGAAUCUGGGCGUGGGAACCCAUCCAUGGAGGUGAAGAGAGCUGGGGCUGCUGCUAUGAUUUUGAUGAACACAAAAUUGGCCGGAAUCACUAAUAUGGCCUCUGUUUUUCCCCUCCCCACGUCUCAAGUCAGCUACUUCACAGGCAAGGAGAUCAAAGCCUAUAUAAAUUCGACUGAAACUCCUACUGCCACGAUCAUAUUCAAAGGAACCACAUAUGGAAACCCGACUGCUCCCGCGCUUACCGUCUUCUCUUCGAGGGGCCCGAACUCAGUUAGCCCUGGAAUUCUGAAGCCAGACGUUAUUGGUCCUGGUUUGGACAUACUAGCAGCAUGGCCAUUUCUGAUCAGCAAUGAUACGAAAGCGAAGUAUUACUUCGACAUCCUUUUUGGCACUUCCAUGUCAUGCCCUCACCUCAGCGGCAUCGCGGCUUUGAUAAAGGCUGCUCACCCAGACUGGUCUCCAGCGGCGAUUAAGUCUGCUAUCAUGACUUCGGCUAAGCAGCUGAACAUCAAGCAAAACCCGAUCCUCGAUGAAAGACGUCAACCUGCGGACGUCUUUGGCAUCGGAGCAGGCCAUGUCAAUCCCGCGAAAGCCAUUGAUCCUGGAUUCAUUUAUGACAUUCAACCCGACAAUUACAUUCCUUAUCUUUGCGGUUUGGGAUACACGGACACGCAAGUGGCUACAAUUGCUCACAAACCAGUCAAAUGCUCACGUAGUAUUCCUGAGGGAGAGCUGAACUACCCUUCGUUUUCCGUUACCCUUGGACCUCCGCAGACAUUUACCAGGACCGUGACUAACGUCGGAGCAGGAAAUUUGUCUUAUGUUGUAAUGGUUGUUCCCCCACAAGGCGUUCAUAUCAUCGUGAAGCCUACUAUACUUGCCUUCUCGAAGUUGAACCAGAAAGCGAGGUAUUCAGUCACAUUCAGCCGAGAAAGUUCCACUGGCAAGACUGGUAGUUACUCCCAAGGAUAUUUGAGGUGGGAUUCCGGGAAGUACUCUGUGAGGAGUCCAAUUUCAGUAAAGUUCAAUUAAGAAUUUCUGAGAGCGGAAGAAAGAAAUUUAAUUGGAUUGUAAUUUCGUAUUA